CCCCUUCUCCAGGCUUACCACUCAACCUUAAUGGACUCGGACACCAAGCUAAUUGGGAACAUGGCACUGUUACCCAUCAGGAGCCAGUUCAAAGGCCCAGCACCUCGGGAAACAAAGGACACAGAUAUAAUAGAUGAAGCCAUCUACUACUUCAAAGCCAAUGUUUUCUUCAAAAAUUAUGAAAUUAAGAAUGAGGCUGACAGAACGCUGAUCUACAUAACCCUCUAUAUUUCUGAGUGCUUGAAAAAGCUGCAAAAGUGUAACUCCAAAGGCCAAGGAGAGAAGGAAAUGUACACACUAGGAAUCACCAACUUCCCAAUCCCUGGGGAGCCUGGCUUUCCACUCAAUGCCAUUUAUGCCAAACCUGCCAACAAGCAGGAGGAAGAGGUGAUGAGGGCCUACCUGCAGCAGCUGCGGCAAGAGACCGGCCUGCGCCUGUGUGACAAAGUGUUUGAUCCUCAGAGUGACAAGCCCAGUAAGUGGUGGAUCUGCUUUGUGAAGAGACAGUUCAUGAACAAGAGCCUGUCAGGUCCUGGGCAGUGAAGAGGCAAAGUGGCAACAACAUGAAGCAGUCCCACAGCAAGGUGUUUUAAGUAUUUUGCAUUUGUUUUGGAUACAUUUUGUACCAAGGAAGAAUUAAGUGCUUAUGGAGGAAAAAAAUAAUAAAAAAUAAUAAAAAAACAACCCACAAACCAGUCAAUGAGGGAUAGAGGGAGGGAGAGCAAAAAGAUGAUUUGUGUAAGCAAAUAUUAUUAAGCUGGUGCUUAAUAGGUGAUUUCUAACGUGCUGUUUCAGAUGCAGGCUGUUUUGUUACCAGUGGCUACAGCUGGCAUUUAAAACAGGGCUUGUAUUUAAGAGAAGAAAAGGGGGUGCCUGUGGAGCAGGGGAGCUGUGGAAUUGCUCUACUGGCUAGAGUCUUGGUCUUGUAUGUCCACAGAAAAUGUACCUCUCACACUGUGUUGUCCAGUGCAGUGAUUUUUACCUUGUUUUCAAUAAACUCAGCUUGUAAUGAAUGUGGUA